UAUUUCCAUGUGGUGAACAGUGACUACACUCAUUGGGAGAUGUAUGCGAUUGGCGGAAGUGCAAAUCCCACCAUCAACAGCCAGGGCAAUAGAUAUCUUGCCCCAACGAAUCGCUUUGCCAAGGAGGUAAUGUAACAGUAACAAUUGAAUUCUCUAACAUCUCCACUACCAUAAACUACAUUUACAAAUUGAAAAAUGGUAUGAGCAAGCUCUGUUAGAGUAGAUUCCCACCACUAAUCCUAGUAUAUUUGAAAUAUCUAUUAUAGAUUAGAUUAUAUUAGAUUUUAGGUUACCUUUAGUAUAUAAACAUGUCAUUGCCAAUGGAAUAAUUCACCUAAGAUCUUCACAAUGUAGUUGCUAAAAUGUAAGAACUUAGUGAUUUGGUCCUUAGUACAAGAUAAAUGUAUGUCAUCUCAUCUAGUGAGGUUGUCACAUUUCGGGCACUUGUGGUGAAGCUAAGGGAAGCACCGAGCCAAAUGCUAAUACUGGUGUUGUCACUGGAGUUCUUGCAACUGUUGGGGAGCUUGCUAGGGUGCAUAAAUGAAGUCCCAUAAAGAAUGGAGAUAUGUAAUUCUCAAAAUUCUUGUUAUUGAUGGAUGCAAAACUGAAUAUGUACUGCAACAGUGCCAUUGGAACUCUCCUGAACUGAAUAUGUAGUGCAACAAUGCCACUGACACUCUCCUCAGAGGACACCAUCAAUGGGAAGAGAUGGUUCACCACAAUGCUUACCAUGAAGAUCCUUAUGCAAAGGAGUUUGGCAUCAAAAUCAGUGAGAAACUUGCUUCGGUUGAAGCACGCAUUUUACCUGCACCUUGGCUUAAAUACCAUGACACUGGUAGAGAAAAGGAUUGCUUUUUCCCAAGUUGGUCAAUGGAAUAUGAUGAACAAGGUUCGGGGGCUCCCUUGUGCCCACAAUUUCCAUGUGGAAUGCAUUGAUGAAUGGCUUCGGCUGAAUGUGAAGUGCCCCCGUUGCCGUUACUCCGUCUUCCCUAACCUCGACCUCAGCGCCCUCUCCAACCUUCAUGCUAACUCUGGGUGCCCUCUGCUAGUGUUUUGACGGCCACGUGCUACGUGCACACGCAGCUAGCAGGCCAGAGCUACCUGUUGAGGUUGCAGGGCCUGCUACGCACAAUCCGAAUGGAGAAUGCUGGUAGAGGCAAUGAUGAUGCUGGCCUGGAAGCAGCAGAAGAUGGAUGAGCAGUGUUAUGUCGGGGUCCGCCAAGCACAACGGCACCGAUGAUGACGGGCGUGACCAUGACUUUGUAUUAUUUGUGGAACCUAAUGUUAUGUAACAGUUUGAUUGAGUUAAACUUUAAAUAGACUGUUGUUAACUAUUUUGUUGGUAUUGUGGCUUUCAUGAUUGAUUGUUUCA